AUGAAGUGUAAGACUAAGAAGAUUGUGAUGAAAGUAUCUAUGAAUUGCCAGAAAUGCCAACAGAAGGCGUUCAAAAUUAUUGCCGAAGCAGAUGGUGUGAGCUUUUUGGGAUUAGGAGAGGAGAGAGACAUAGUGGUGGUGAUUGGUGAAGGAGUAGACGCCUGCAACUUGGCUAAGAGCUUAAGGAAAAAGUUUAAGACUACUGACAUUAUCAGCGUCGCAGAUGUGUGA